ACACACACCCCUCCUUCUGCCAGACUCCCAGGCCAAGCAGCGUCGCCAUACGGAACAUCCUGCCCUCAACGGAGAGGGGGAGGAGAGAGAGAGAGAGAGAGAGAGAGAGCUGAGUGUGAGAACAGGGACAGGGAGAGAGAGGCUGUGUGUGUGUGUGUUGAGAGAGAGAGAGAGAAAGAGAGAAGAGAGAGAGAGAGAGAGAGGAGCUCUGGCGUCUCCUGGUAGUAAAUCUAUCAGGUCUCGAGCACAAAAACUCACAGGAACAGAAAGAGAACAGGGAGAAGACGCCUCGCGGAUAUCUGCAUGCUCUCCUGGUUACCUGCAGCAGCUGCACGUGAAGCCUUGGAAUAAAUCCCCCGACUAGAAGGAAGGAUGGUCGCGCGGACGGGCUGCGCGCUCUGAAGUUGGACAGACUACCGAGACAUCGACAGCAGCUUUUCCUCCCCCCCACCUCCCCGAACCCCGUGAAGGCAGCAGCGGCACCGCGAGGCUGUGCCCGCGCACCCCAUCAUGAAGCUGCCCUGGCUACUGCCGCUCGCGGCUCUGCUCGCUCACACCGCCACGGCACAGACUUGGUCGCCCCCUCCCGAUGACGACGGCUCGGCGAGAGACGACAUCUACGAGGAUGACGAUCUCUACUCAGGCUCCGGCUCUGGCUUUCCUGACAUCAGACUGAGGCCGACGUCGGCGGGCGUGACCUUCACCACCGAGGAGACCCUCCUCCUCUCCACCACCCAGGCAACAGGCCCCGCCCCCUCCGCCUCACCCGCCGCCGAGCCCAGCCCCAACCCGGAGGACCCCAUCGCCACCCCACUGCCCACUGAGGCCGAGGGAGAGAGUGGUGCAUUCUGGGACAGAGAGAAAGAGCUGGAGAAGGAGAGAGAGUUGGAGAUGGAGAGAGAGAAGGAGCAAGAGAUGCAGAGGGAACUGGAGAAGGAGAAAGAAAGGGAGAGACAGCUGGAGAGGGAGAGAGAGAGGGAACGAGAGAGGGAGCGGGUCCGAGAGCUGGAGAAGGAGAGGGAGCGCGAGCGAGAGAUGGAGCGUGAGAGAGAGCGAGAGAAAGAGAGAGAGAGGCAGAUAGAGCGUGAGCUUGAAAGAGAGAGAGAGCUGGAGCGAAUCAGAGCCGCCGCCGCUGCCCAGACCACCGCCGUCCCCGUGGUUACCACCGAGCUGACAACCUUCCCUGCUGAGAGCGCGGCGCCCUCUGCAGGCUCGGAUGACCUGAGCACCACAGAAGAAGAGGAGGACGUCUACCUGUCACCUGAACCCACAGCGUUUUUCCCCGGCUUCGACAUGGAGACCACCACAGAGGAAGACGCGUCCACCACUGCAGAGACGACCACAGAGCAGACCACCGCCGCAACCCCCCCCACCACCACCGCAGCACCCACCACCGUCAGGACCAGGGUGUCCAUCGGGCCCAGGGUUCCCAUGACGACAGCAACACAGGCGGCGCCGUCAGAGAGUACGACCCGCCCACAGCAGCCCACAUCUACACAGGAGACUAACAACGAGGCGGGUGCUGCAGGAACCAGUGGAGACUUUGAGAUCUCUGAUGAUCGUCGUAAUGAUCUGGGUCGAGGUUUGUUUCCAGUGGAUGCUGAUCUGAGCGGGAACACGGUGGACGGAGGAAGCUCUGCCGCCCAGCUGCCUCAGAAGAACAUCCUGGAGAGAAAAGAGGUCUUGAUAGCGGUGAUAGUGGGAGGAGUAGUGGGCGCCUUGUUUGCCGCUUUCCUGGUGAUGCUGCUGGUGUACAGGAUGAAGAAGAAGGACGAGGGCAGCUACACGCUGGAGGAGCCCAAACAAGCCACCGUCACCUACCAGAAACCAGACAAGCAGGAGGAGUUUUACGCAUAACACUCGUACGGCAGAGAGACAAGAGCGAGAGAGAGAGAGAGAGAGAGAAGAGGGAAAGAUACUCUAAGCCCCCGUCCUCCGCCUCUUCUUCGUUGCCUCCCCCUCAUCCCUCUCUCCUCUCGUCUCCGAAACACUUGAGAGCGCCUCUCUCUCUCUCUGCGGACUCGGAACUUUCUUUUCAAUGAAAAUGAAAAAGGGGACGAAAAAAAAAAAAAAAAAAAUCCAAAUAUAUUCUGAAAAAAUAACACACAUACACACAAGAUGUUUUUAAAGUAAAUGUUGUUAUUAAUAUUCUACAGAUUCUCUUGUUCUGUAUGUAAUGAUAUGAUUAUUUUGUAAGAAAAACAAACAAAACAAAACACAAGCUCUUAUCCUGUGUUUUCCAGCACACAAAAAAAUCUUCCUCGGUUUUUAUGGAGCAAAUGAGGAAGCUUGAAAGAAAGAGGAGAGGGGGCGAGGCGAGUUGAGCGAGACACAAAAGAAAAAGACGAGCGAUGGCCUCGACUCUGCCGCUCACCCCCGAAAAACACACAGAGCGUCUGGUUGGCCGCACAGAGCCCAGGGUCAAAGGUGAGAGGAAAGGUCUCUUGUGUACCUUCCAUCCCUCUGGUGCUCAAAGACGCAAACACACCCCUACAGCCACAUAAACACAUGGUUACAGACAUACACAUGCACACACACACACACACACACACACACGUGUAUCUGCUCGAUUGGUGGUUCUGACCUCUCUCUGUGCUCGGCCAACCAGAAAACAAUGCUCAACCCUCGGUGUGUUUCACAACGUCAAGGAGCCGCUGUGGAAACUUUGGCUGGUGGCAUAGAGGCCGCUCUGCUCCUCUAAGCUGUACAAAGACUAGUUACGGAUAGUAAUAAUAACCAAUAAUAUAUCAAUGUUUUGGGCUGGACGGUGACAAAUAAUAAUGAUAAUAAUGAUAAUAAUAAUACCAUUAUAAUAAUAAUAAUACCAAAACAGGAGGAUGUGUAUUUAGCAAUUAAAAAAAAGAAGUUUAUAUGUAAAUAUCAGCGUAUCCUUUCUGGCAUCACUAACCAUCUGCAUGAUCAUGAAGAGUCUUUAUUCAUCACAUCCGUCAUCACUUUAGAUGAGCUGUGCUCUCGUCAGCCACACACACACACACACACACACACACAUGUAUGCACACACACACACACUUACACACACACACAUACAGACAUAUAACUUGCUGUGCAUUUAAUUACACCACACAGACUUUUUAAGUAUACUUUUCAUCAUAUCAUUCAAACGCUUAAUCAAACCCAUCGUCAUUGUGAUCGUCAUCACUUGUGAAACGAGCGAGAUCAGGUGGUUUCAAUAUGUUAUUGAUUAGUUAUCAGUUGCCGGUUGGUUUAAAGUUUGCUCUGUUUGUGUAAAAGCACAACUACAUGUCCAGUCAUCACCUCAUCUGAUAUCUCCCCCCCCCCCAUCACCACCACUCCCAGACGCACCUUUUGCGUGGCUCACUUUCUUUUUCUUCCAUCAUUGGCUCUCUGUUUGGGAAUGGGUGGGGCCUCUGGGAAGCGAGAGGGGCUUUAAUGAGAAACCGAAAGUGUGAAUCCGCACAGGAAGUUGCUCCAUGCAUGCACUAAUUCAUUCAAAAUCAUAACUUCUGUCAUUAAAGCUUUGGUUAUGAGGAGGAACUCUGAAUCGGUGUUGAUGGGGUCAACUUGAACCUGUUGUGGACUCGUUUUGGGGAGGGGGAAGGGGUUUGGUUUGGGGAAUGUGAGGAGGAGACAGGAGGGCUGUGCUUCUAUCUAAGAGAUUGUAACAAUAACCACACCAGUGCGACUGGGCUAGUAGCUUCUAUUAUACUCAGUACUGUAGAACAAAAAUGCAUGGGAGUCAAAACUAAACUAGUCUGGGUGUGUGUGUGUGUGUGUGUAUGCUUGUGUGUGUGUUUUUGUGCGUUUGAAAGGAAAAGAGGGGUGAGUUAAAGUUGGAAUGUACUGUGGCCGAGUGUGUGUUUACCUACUCCAGCAGUUCUCACGCUCUUCCACAGACAGGUAACACACCUCCACCACUCGUGUGUGUGUGUAUGUCGCCUGCCCCCUCGCCAGCGUGAGUGUGUGUGUGUGUCUUCACCUCAUCUAUACGCGCCACCCGUGUG